AUGGGUUUUGUUAAUGUGGCCGGAGACGACGACAACGACAGCGACAACGAUUCGGGUUUGAAACAAGCACCGGCUCCCAAGAAGGCAUCGGUUCCAAGGAAGGCACCGGCUCCCAAGAAGGCACCGGCUCCCAAGAAUGGACCAGCUCCAAGGAAGGAUCUGGCUUUACGUACAAAAAAGGUUCCCGCCAGAAACCCAUGUGUUGUUACUGACAGAACCCAGGGGACGAAACAGGUAGAGAUGACUCCAGACGCUGAGGGAACCCAGGCGGUGGCAGAGACCCAGGCCUCCCAAAAUACCGAGGGUAUAUCCGGCAAGAGAAAAAGGGGCCGACCUCCCGGUUCGAAAAACAAACACAAAGAAAGUAAGACUGGACAUACACCGGAAGUGGUCGAAGGGACACAAGUGGUCAAAGGGACACAAGGAGAAAAAGAGGUUAGCAAAGGUGAAACUAAUGCUCAUGAAGACACAGAAAUGUUAGAUGAAAUGGUUGAGGGAGAGGAAGGGAAAGAUAGACAGAAUAACUCGAAGAGAGUUAUCCCAUCCAGGAAGUCUACCCGUGCGGCCACAAAAAGUAGGAAAUCAAGAGAAACAGCAGCGUAUUUCCAGGAGGUUUCUCAGGCUAAUGAUAUCACAACCGAAAAGCGUCAAGCCAAUUGCAACCGGGUGGAAUUUGAGGAGAAUAACCCACCAGGAUAUGAGAAAUAUCUAAGGGCCAAGAUACAACUUGAAUGA